UCUUUUUUUUAUAGAAGCUGUGGCCAAUAGUAUAAACCUCUCCGAGAAAUAAAAGAACCGUAGAGGCUGAGGAGGAGAUAGAAUUAUAGAAACAGAGCAAGAGGCAGAGCAUGAAUGAAUGAUGAUGGGUGCAACUGGUAGUUUAUCAGCCAAGGACUUGUUUUCUGGGGUUUUGAUCUCAAACCCAUCUUUGAGAUUCAAUAAAUGGUCUCACAAAGCGAACCAGUGCCUCCGGUUGAGGCCUUCUACGUUGCGUGCAGGUCUCUCAUCAAUCUGCAAGACUUCACCAGACACUAACCAUGUAGGGUUCAAGAAGCAAGACGACCUCCAUUCCUUCUUGCAGAUUCUUCCAUGUGAUUUACGUGACAAUCUCUUGAAUGAACCCAAAAGAAGUCAACUUUUAGAGGUUAUAUUGGAUUUGGGUCGAUUGCCUGAAGCACGUUAUCUCGGUGAACUUGGUGGGCAGUUUUUGGGAAGAACUACGGUCUCAGAAAAAGAGUUGGAGUAUGCUCAAAAUGCUGUUGGGGAUUUUGGGGAGGACAAUAGAGCUGGUAUAGAGGGUACCCUGCACAGAAUAUCUGCUAUCAGAAAUAGGGAAGGGAGUAUAGUUGGAUUGACUUGCCGUGUUGGCAGGGCAAUCAAUGGUUACAUUGACAUGGUUUAUGAUCUGCUUCAGUAUGGAAAGAGCAUAUUGUUUGUUGGAAGGCCUGGUGUUGGCAAGACUACUGUUAUUCGAGAGAUUGCCUGUGUUCUGUCAGAUGAAUUCCACAAAAGAGUGGUCAUUAUCGACACAAGCAAUGAAAUAGGAGGGGACGGAAAUAUUCCACAUGCAGCAAUAGGAGGUGCACGGAGAAUGCAGGUACCUGAAUUAUCAUUGCAACACAGAGUCAUGAUAGAGGCGGUAGAGAAUCACACACCUGAGGUGAUCAUUGUUGAUGAGAUUGGCACAGAAGCUGAAGCUAAUGCUUGUCGAUCAAUUGCUGAGAGAGGAGUCAUGCUUAUUGGUACAGCUCAUGGACAGCGGCUUGAGAAUAUAAUAAAGAAUCCUACUCUUUCUGACUUGGUUGGCGGAGUGGAAACUGCUACAUUAGGAGAUGCAGAAGCCAAAGAUAGGAACUGUCGGAAAAGCAUUCUCGAAAGGCGAGCUCCUCCAACAUUUGAUUUUGUGGUUGAAAUGAGAGAGAGGAACUAUUGGGUUACACAUCAGACACAUAAGAGCGUAGAUAUGUUGCUCAGAGGUAAAGCCCCACAAGUCGAGGUCAGGAGAAGAGAUGCCAAGUCUAAGGUUAUAAUAGAAAGAUCAAUAUCAUAUGAUAAGUGUGAUGCUUAAAUCGUUUCUGCCAAUUUGGCGUUUCAUUAUUAAAAGGUUUAUGGAUAAUCUCUUCUUCAGUUUCUCUGUCGAUAGUUGUUCAUCAUUGUGGCUAAAACGCUCUGCAAUUAUAGUUAUUUAUGUAUUUAUUUAUUUAUUUUCCUUUGGGACGUUGCGCCAUGUACACUAGAUACUUGCCAUCAAAAAAAUUAAAAAGAUACUUUAGCCGUA